GCAGCUCCAGAGGUGGACACUGCGCGUCCUGAAUGGUACAGAAAUACGCCAGACAGCUGUAGUCAGACGACAUGAGUUACCUGCGGGGUGCUGCUGAGGAUCCGCUCCUGGACGUGACCUUCGGUCAGCUGUUGGACGACACGGCAGUUAAAUGGCCGGACCGAGAGGCGUAUGUGUUCAAGAAGACAGGUUCAAGGAUCACGUUUUCCGACAUACAAGACAAGGCAACCAGACUGGCAGCUGGACUCAAGGCCAUCGGCACGGCACCAGGAGAUGUAGUAGCCUGGCUCUUCGGGCACCGCCCGGAGUGGAUUUACUUGUACUUCGCUGUGGCCAAGUUGGGAGCUAUUGCGACACGUGUGAAGGUACUGAUCAUGGGUGACGAUUCCGGACUCCAGCCAACUUACGGCACGACUCCGUUCCUGUUCAGUUUGUUUCCGGAAAUAAGAACAGCCAGCCGAGGAAAGCUGCACAUUGACAGAAUUCCAACGUUGAGCGCUAUCGUUGUUCUUGAAGACAAGGCGACAGGUCCCGGUGUCUACACCAUGGAAGAAGUACAGACCCUAGGAAAUGACGAGACGCUCCUGGCUGAAGUUCGGGCUCUGCAGGACCAGCUCAGCUGCCACGACACGGUUAUGUUGGGAUUCACAUCAGGAAGUACCGGUCCCGCUAAGUGUGUUGAGCAGAGCACGUACUCUCUUCAUAACAACAUCCGUUUUAUCGGCAAGGCUGUAGGUAUGCCGAAUGAGGGUACAGUACUCUACCCGUACUUGUCAUUCCGAUUCGCUGUGAUCUACCCAUUCACUGCCGGCUGUACACUCGUUGUUCCUGCCAGUGAGUCGCCAUCGCCUGUUGAAAUCAUGCAAAUAAUUCAAGAGGAGAGGUGUAAGGCGAUCGGCGUCUUGUUCAUGAAAGAAUGCCAUGGUCUGUUUCAUAGUCCGCACUUGGGUGAUUACGACCUGUCCUCACUUGAGCGAGUGCUUGUCACAGGCAACGUCACACCGAAGGGUCUUGUUGACCACGCUGCCAAAGUUCUGCCGUCAGCAAAGUUGUUUGUUUGCUAUGGCGGCACGGAGUUCAUGUUUUUGACAUCAACGGCAGCUGAGAUGGUUGCGAAAGGAAAAGGGGCCACUGUGGGCAAGCUGUUACAGCAUGCGGAGGUCGUUAGCGUGCCUGAUCCGGCCAGUGUGGAGGAGAUCUGUGCAUGCAUCAUCCUGAAUGAGGGGCAAAUCGCGGACUCUCAGGAGAUGACGACGUUCUGUGCAGAGAUCGGGCUCGUUCCCAUAGAAACGCCCGGCUAUUUCCUCUUCAUGGACGCGUUUCCGAUGACAUCGACACAGCGUAAGGUUGACCGGAAGAAGUUAAGAUUGGUCGCCAUCGACAGACUUGGUCUGAAGAAAGAAGCCUGA